GAGGGGGCGGGAUUUCCGGGUUGAGGGAAGGCGGGCCGGCCUGGCCGUCAGGGCCGCGGUGUUAGAAUGGCCGCGGCCGCUACUGCUUCGCCGGCCGACAAGGAGAGAUUUAUCUGCAUUUAUCCAGCAUAUUUAAACAACAAGAAGACAAUAGCGGAAGGAAGAAGGAUACCUAUAGACAAAGCUGUUGAAAAUCCCACAUCUACUGAAAUCCAAGAUGUGUGUGCAGCAGUUGGAUUCAAUGUGCUAUUAGAGAAAAAUAAGAUGUAUCCUAGAGAGUGGAAUCGUGAUGUGCAGUACAGAGGUAGAGUACGAAUUCAGCUCAAACAGGAUGAUGGCAAUCCAUGUUUACCUCAGUUUCCAACACGUAAAUCAGUGAUGCUGUACGCUGCAGAAACCAUUCCCAAACUGAAAACAAGAACUCAAAAGAUGGGAGGUAGUGAUCAAAGUCUUCAACAAGGAGAAGGAGGCAAGAAAGGUAAAGGGAAGAAAAAGAAAUGACUCCACAUCA